AUGGAUCUUUCACAAAAUUUUAAAAUAAAAAUUGUUGCUUUCUUUGACAAGAAGAAGGUACCAAAAACAUCGUUAUUUACAUGCUGCUUGUAUAAAACGAUAAUGUGUUUUAAAACUGACCAAAAAUGUUCUUCUUCUUCUUAUCAGUGGAGCGUUGACCGUUCUGAAUUAUUUCUUGGAGAAACAGAAAGUGAUAUUUUAAUAAUAUGUGACAUUGAAACAGAGUUAUUAAUUCAAAUCCCUUAUAACGAAAAUCUAAUUUUGAAAUUUACAAAAGAAAGAAAAAAUAUUGUAAUUAGCGAUUAUAUUAAAAACAUAACACCAACAAGUAAAAGAGCAGGUUGUUUGGUUUCAAAUUGUGUAAGUUGUAUGGAUAGUAAUUUUAACGUUUGCAAAAUAUGUAACGAUGGGUAUUAUUUAACCACAUCUAUGACUUGUUCUCGCUGUAAAAAUACAACAUGUAAACAAUGCAGAGGAGAUGGUAACGAGUGUACCGCUUGCAAUAAUGGACAGUACUUAAAUGGCACCAUUUGUAGUCCUUGUAACGCCAAUUGCAAAACAUGUAGUGAUAAUAUAAAUUGUACAGAUUGUAAUAUUGGAAAUUAUUUGUUUAAUGGAGAGUGUUUGGUUUGUCAGUUUUGUACAAAUUGUGACACGCUAAGGGGAUGUACAUUAUGUAUGGAUGGGUAUUAUCAAGAAAACUCGGGGUGCUCACUAUGUGAUAUGAAUUGUUUAACAUGUGGACAAAAUGGAUGUACUUUAUGUAAAAGUACUUACUAUGUAGAAGGUAAAAGAUGUGGUAAAUGUACACCAAAUUGUAUAUAUUGUUCAGGACCCAAUUCUUAUCAAUGUUCAACCUGUGAAUCAAAUUACUACCUUCAAAACGGAACAUGUUUUCUUUGUGAUCAAAAUUGUGUAAGUCGAAAAUGUUCAGAUGAAUUUGGUUGCACUGAGUGUGAACCUGGUUUUUACACACAUGAAUAUGGUUGUGCUAGUUGUCUCUCUUCAUGUAAAACGUGCAAUGGAAACUUAAGUUGUACAUCCUGUAAAAGUGGUUCUUAUCUUGAUAAUGGAUUUUGUAAUUUGUGUGAUAAAAAUUGUAUUUCUGGUAAAUGCAAAGAUACUCUUGGGUGUACCGAAUGUCCAACAAAUUACUACAACCUAGACAAACAAUGUUUUAUAUGUGAUUCAUAUUGUAAAACGUGUAAUUAUAUUAAUUACAAUUGUACAUCUUGUUAUGAAGGAACCUACAUUUGGAAUAACAUGUGUUUAUCAUGUAGUUCAUAUUGUUUAGAUAACAAAUGUGAUCCAAUUAAUGGUUGUACCGAAUGCAUAUCUGGUUAUUAUAAAGAAAAUAAGUCUUGUUUGAAAUGUCACGAAGAAUGUUUAACAUGUGAUAAUGGUGCAAAUACUGAUUGUCUUUCAUGUAGGGACAAAGUAAGUUAUUUGGUUGGGAGAAGAUGUAUUUUGUGUGAUACAAAUUGUGUUCAAAACAAAUGUACAAACACCACUGGAUGUACUCUAUGCAACCCACAUUAUUUUAUUGAAAAUAAAAGUUGUUCUCCCUGUUUUAGAACUUGUUUGACGUGUUCGAACAAUCUCUAUAAUGGGUGUUUGACUUGUGGAAAAGGAAGAUAUUUGAACAAUAAUCAAUGUGUUUCUUGUGAUGAAAAUUGUGAAAAUAAUAUGUGUGAUGUCGUGAACGGAUGUCAAAAAUGCAAAUUUGGUUAUUUUCCAGAAGAAAAACGUUGUUCUCCAUGUAAUAAAAUGUCAAAUUGUAAAACUUGUAGCCAAACUGUAAAGUAUCAAUGCUUUUCUUGUGAAGAUAGAUUUGUGGUCAAUAAUAAUCAAUGCGAAUGUCCUAGCCACCUUUAUCAAAAUACUUCAAAUACUUGUGAUGAAUGUUAUAACAUUAAAUCCAACUGUAAAUUAUGUCAAAAUAAAAACAAUAAUAACCCAGAAUGCACACAAUGUUUUCCACCAUUUGAACUUAAAGAAGGGAGUUGUGUUGAAUGUAAAACUAUAUCACAUUACAAUGGAAAA